AUGGCGACUGUCACCGAGCUGAAGGCUGUUUUAAAGGACACCUUGGAAAAAAGAGGAGUCUUAGGGCAUUUAAAAGCGAGAAUUCGAGCUGAAGUUUUCAAAGCCCUAGAUGAUGAAAGUGAACCCCGACCAACAUUGUCUCAUGAAAAUCUUCUUAUUAAUGAAUUAAUUCGGGAGUAUUUGGAAUUCAACAAAUAUAAGUAUACAUCGUCUGUCCUCAUUGCAGAAUCUGGUCAACCUGUAGUUCCACUAGACCGGCAAUUUCUCAUCCGAGAACUAAAUGCAUUUGAAGAAUCAAAGGAUAAUACAAUACCUCUUUUAUAUGGGAUUUUAGCUCAUUUCUUGCAUGGAACUAAGGAUGGCAUCCAACAUACAUUUCUGAAAGGAUCUUCACUUCAGCCUCUAAACCCAAAUCCUGGUAGACAACCUAGUGGAAGAGAACAAAUGGAUGACCACCUAAGAAAAGACAAGGGGAAAAAUACUAAUAUUGAAGAUCUUCAUAUUUCUCAAAACGUGAAGAGAUGA